GUAAACGGAAGGGGCGGGGCGGCAGGAGGCGAGGCGGAAGAGCUCCGUGUGUCCCGCUCCAGUGGCACCAGAGACCCUCCGCCAUGGGUGAGCGCAAGGGCACCAACAAGUACUAUCCCCCCGACUUCGACCCGGCCAAGCACGGGUCCCUCAACAAGUACCAUGGGAGCCACCCGCUGCGGGAGCGCGCCCGGAAGCUGGCGCAGGGCAUCCUCAUCAUCAGGUUCGAGAUGCCCUUUAACAUCUGGUGCGAUGGCUGCAAGAACCACAUCGGGAUGGGUGUCCGCUACAACGCAGAGAAGAAGAAGGUUGGAACCUACUACACGACGCCCAUCUACAGGUUCCGCAUGAAGUGCCACCUGUGCGUGAACCACAUCGAGCUGCAGACGGACCCCGCGGGAUGCGACUACGUCAUCGUCAGCGGCGCCCGGCGCAAGGAGGAGCGCUGGGACAUGGCCGAGAACCAGCAGGUGCUGCCCACCGAGCGGGAGGCGCGGGAGCGCCUGGAGUCGGAUGCCAUGUUCCGGCUGGAGCACGGCGCCGCCGACCGGGAGUGCCGGGAGCGGGCCGCGCCGGGGCUGGCGGCGCUCCAGCACUUCCAGAGCCUCUGGAAGGACGACUUCGGGAUCAACUGCCGCCUGCGGAGCCGCUUCCGGGAGCAGAAGCCGCCGCCGCGGGAGGAGCCUCGGCCGGGGCUCGGCAUCGCGCUGCUGCCGGAGGAGCCGCAGGACCGGCGGGUGGCGGCGCUGCUGGCGCUGCAGAGCCCGCACUCCUACGAGGACAAGCAGAGGCUGAAGCGAACGGAGAUCUCAUCCCGGCCCUGGUUCCCCCCGGCCACCGGAGACCCACCGCGGAAACCGGCCCCGGUGGGGGGGGCGCGGACCCCCCCCCCUACCCGCAGCACUCUCGGCAUCGUCCGCAAGGGUGACCCCCCCUCCUGCAGCCCCCCAAAGCACAGCGCUGAGCCCCGGGGUGGGGGGGCUGAGCCCGGGGGGGCCCCCCAGAGCAUCCCCACAACGUCCCUUGUCGCCGACUAUUCCGACUCCGACAGCUCCUGAGGGGGGCCGGGACCCCCCCCGGCUGCUCCAAACACCCCCCCCUUUGGAAUUACCCCCUCUUUGGAAUUACCCCCUCUUUGGAAUUACCCCCCCUUUGGAAUUACCCCCCCCUUCCAUUCGUGUGUGUGUGUCCCCCAUUAAAAGCUAUUGGCAGCAUCUCCCCCUGUCACUGCGUGGUGGCAUAUGGGGGGGUCACACACGGGGAUCCCCCCCCCUCGCCCCGUUUCGGUUCCUUCCGGCCAUGCCGGCGGCUCGGGGCGGGGCGGGGGGGGGGGGCAGGAAGCCCGAUCUCCGCUUCCGUCCCCGCUAUGGCGCUGGAGUCCAUCCGGUACCGGCGCGGUUCCCUCUCGAUCCUCAACCAGCUCCUGCUACCGGAGCAGCUCCGCUAUGAGCGGGUGGACGGAGCGGAGCGCGCCUGGGAGGCCAUCCACAGCAUGGAGGUCCGGGGGAGCGCCGGCGAUCGCCUUGGUCGGAUGCUUGAGCCUGGCGCUGGAGCUGGCGGGCCGGUGCCGGGGCUGCCGGUGCCGGGAUGCCGGUGCCGGGGCUGCCGGUUGCCGGGGCUGCCGGUGCCGGGGAUGCCGGUGCCGGGGAUGGGGUCGCGGCGUUGGAAGCCUUCGUGGAGCAGCGCCUUCGGUUCCUGCUCACGGCGCGACCCACCGCGGUCAACCUGCACCGUGAGGCCGAGCGGCUCCGGGAGCGCCUGCGGGAAUGGAGCCGGAGCCCCGGGAUCACCGCCGGCGGGCUGCGAGAGCGCAUCAUCGAGCACAUCGAGGGGCUCUUGGCCAAGGACCGGGCGGACAACGAGAGCAUCGGGGCUCACGGAGCCCAGGACAUCCUGCGCCGCGUCCCCGCCGGCGUCCCCGUCACCAUCCUCACCCACUGCAACACCGGCAGCCUGGCCACGGCCGGCUACGGCACCGCGCUCGGCAUCGUGCGGGCGCUGCACGGGCAGGGCCGGCUGCGGCGGGUGCUGUGCACCGAGACCCGGCCCUACAACCAGGGCAGCCGCCUCACGGCCUUCGAGCUGCUCCACGACAACAUCCCCGCCACCCUCAUCGCCGACAGCGCCGCCGCCGCCGCCAUGAGGGACUGCGGCGUCGAUGCCGUGGUGGUGGGAGCCGACCGCCGUGGCGCCCAACGGGGACACGGCCAACAAGAUCGGGACGUACCAGCUGGCGGUGGCCGCGCGGCACCACCGCGUCCCCUUCUACGUGGCGGCGCCGAGCUCGUCCUGCGACCCCGCGGUGCCGAGCGGGACCCACAUCCCCAUCGAGGAGCGGCCGGGCCGGGAGCUCACCCACCUGCAGGGGGCUCUGCCUGGCCCCCCCCGGUAUCGACGUGUGGAACCCGGCGUUUGACGUCACGCCGCAUGACCUCAUCACGGGCGGCGUCGUCACCGAGUGGGGGGUGGUGCCCGCGAGCGACGUGCGCCGGGCGCUGGCGGAGCGCGCGGCCGCCGGGGGGCAGUAAAGCGCCUCCGCGUCCCGCCUCUAUCCCAUCGUGCCUUGCGCCGCCGCCGCCGCGCCUCUCUAGGCCCCGCCGUGCCGGAACCCGGAAGCGGCGGCGGCAGCAUGGCGCAGGGCAGGCCCAAGUCGGCGCCAAAGCGGCCCCGGAAGGCGGCGGCGGCGGCGGCGGCGGGAACCGGGGCGCGGGGGCUGCGGAAGGGAGGCCGCGCCAUCGCGCCCAAGAAGCUCCACGUGAUCCGGCAGCAGAAGCUGAAGAAGCGGCUCGAGGUCGGGAUCCGCGCGCGGAUCGAGCGGGACGCGCUGCAGCGCGCGAGCGCCGGCCCCCCCCCGCGGCUCGCGCUCCUCACCCCGCCCCCCGCCGCCUCUCAGCGCCCCGCCCCCCCCAAGGGCAAGGCCAAGAAGAGGCGGGGCUAAACCCCAACUCCCCCCCCCCUCCCCCGCGGUUAAUUGUCUUAAUAAAGGCAUUUUGGGGGGGA